AUGUUGAGAUCAUUUACGUCAACACAAAGUUCAAAAUUAGCACAAUUUGUCAGAUACGCAUCAACAAAAAAAUAUGAUGUAGUAGUAAUAGGAGGAGGACCAGGUGGUUAUGUAGCAGCCAUUAAAGCUGCUCAAUUAGGUUUAAAUACAGCAUGUAUUGAAAAAAGAGGAGCCUUAGGAGGUACAUGUCUAAAUGUUGGAUGUAUUCCAUCAAAAUCAUUAUUAAAUAAUACUCAUUUGUUACAUACUGUUCAACAUGAAGCAAGAGAUAGAGGAAUUGCCAUUGAUGGAACUGUUGGAGUUGAUUUUGGUAAAUUAAUGGCAGCAAAAGAAAAAUCAGUAAAACAAUUGACUGGAGGUGUUGAAAUGUUAUUUAAAAAGAAUAAAGUUGAUUAUUUAAAAGGAACUGGAUCAUUUGUUGAUGAAAAAAAAGUUAAAGUUGACCCAAUUGAAGGUGGUGAACCUGUUGAAGUUGAAGCUGAAAAUUUCAUAGUUGCUACUGGAUCAGAACCAACUCCCUUCCCUGGAAUUGAAGUAGACGAAGAAAGAAUAGUUACAUCUACUGGUAUUUUAUCAUUAAAAGAAAUUCCAGAAAGAUUAGCCAUCAUAGGUGGAGGUAUCAUUGGAUUAGAAAUGGCUUCAGUUUAUGCAAGAUUAGGCUCAAAGGUUACUGUAUUAGAAUUCCAAAAUUCUAUUGGUGCAGGUAUGGAUGCUGAAGUUUCAAAGACUACCCAAAAAUUAUUGAGUAAACAAGGACUCAACAUUAAAACCGGAACUAAAGUUCUUUCUGGUAAAAGAGAAGGAGAUGUAGUUAAAAUUGAAGUUGAAGAUGCUAAAUCAGGUAAAAAAGAAGAUUUGGAAGCUGAUGUUUUAUUAGUAGCAGUUGGAAGAAGACCUUACACUGAAGGAUUAAACUUGGAAGCAGCAGGAUUAGAAAAAGAUAACAAAGGAAGACUUGUAAUUGAUGACCAGCUAAAAUCAAAACAUGACCAUAUAAGAAUCAUUGGUGAUGUAACAUUUGGUCCAAUGUUAGCACACAAGGCAGAAGAAGAAGGAAUUGCAGCAGCAGAAUAUAUCAAAAAUGGUCAUGGUCAUGUUAAUUAUGCAAACAUACCCUCAGUUAUGUAUACACAUCCAGAAGUUGCGUGGGUAGGACUUAACGAAGAACAAUUAAAAGAAAAAGGAAUUAAAUAUAAAGUUGGUAAAUUUCCAUUCAUUGCAAACUCAAGAGCUAAAACUAAUUUAGACACCGAUGGAUUUGUUAAAAUAAUUGCCGAUGCUGAAACAGAAAGAGUAUUGGGUGCUCAUAUCAUUGGACCAAAUGCUGGUGAAAUGAUUGCUGAAGCAGGUUUAGCUUUAGAAUAUGGCGCAUCAACUGAAGAUAUUGCAAGAACUUGUCACGCUCAUCCAACAUUAUCUGAAGCAUUCAAAGAGGCUGCUUUAGCAACAUUUGAUAAACCAAUUAAUUUUUAA